UCUCUGGGACUUAUAUAUAAUCGUUCCGGAGUCUCCAAGGUAUCCUGGCAAUCCUGGCAAUCCUGGCAACCCAACGUGCUGAAAACUCCAAGUAAUACGUUUGGUCCUAUCCCUCCAAUCCUCAAACGAAUGCUCAAACAAUCUCGCUUGAUAUGUAUGUGAUCAUUUUUUAUCACUAAGCAUAGCCUCGCGUACUACGAUACCUCUGUUUGCCAUUGCAAAUACCGAAAGCAACACAUGGCAGCUAAGUCUGGAGGACCUCGGACCCUUACAAACACUAUUAAGCUCCUCAUUAACGCGGGGGCAGCUAAACCGGCACCACCCGUGGGUCCCGCCCUGGGCCAGGCUGGCCUUAACAUUAUGGCGUUCUGCAAGGAGUUCAACGCCAAGACGGCGGGCUUCAAGGACGGCACGUUGCUCCGUGUAAAGAUGCGAGUGUACUCGGACAAGACGUACGAGUGGGAUCUCAGGAUGCCCCCCAGCACCUGGCUCAUCAAGAAGGCAGCGGGCCUGGCACGCGCCUCAGGCACCCCGGGUCACGAGGUGGUGGGCAUCAUCUCGCUGAAGCACCUGUACGAGAUUGGCCGUGUGAAGCAGCGCGACAUGCCCAACGUACCACUGCAGUCAAUCAUCACCUCGCUGAUGCACACCUGUCGAAGCAUGGGCGUGCGGGUAGUGGCACGGCCGGAGGACUCCCAAGGGCCGCCUCCAGAGAGCUGAACGAGACUGAUGCUUAGGGUCUAGCCCUCGAGUCGUCUAUUCUGCCAUAAGCUGGCUUGGCCUGGCUUGAGCAAGUUUGAUGUGGUGAACCAGUUUGGCCUGAGCUGGUGUGCUAUAUGUGGCACAUCCUGUCUGGCAUGCCAGAUGCCAGGAAGGAGUUGUAUAACUCCUAAGGGGCUUAGGGUUUUACCCGGUCUCGACUAUCUGGGAACAAUGCGGCACAGCACGAGUCACAACGGAGUCUCAACGGGUCACAACGGCGCAAGUCUGGGCUGAUAAUGCGGUGUUUCCUUUUCUCCGUGGCUUUUAGGCGUUGAAGUAUUGCCCUUGGGCCUUCGGCUCGUAUGGGUAGUUUUACAGGUAUGGGGUCACGCACCCCCCAACCAUGUGAGACACACACACACACACACAACGGAGUCCACUGGACCCAAAAGCUGGCUGGCAGGCUGAGCAACCAUAGGAGGGCCUAGGUUUUCAGGCGUGCCUUACCUCAUUUCGGGACGUGGGACUGGCUGUCUUUUUUAAGCGCGCUUGCUUCUAUGUGUGCGCGUUAUAUAGCCGCUGCAAACCCCGCUCUCAAACACUGAGCGAGGUUGAGGUCUGCUGUAACGAACCCGUGCGUU